UUCUCGUAGGCUAAUAAAACAAGUUCUUUCACGAUCAGUUCAACAGAUAAUAUUUUAGGGCAAUAUUAGACGGGUUUCAAAACAGUAACUGAACGCUCGGUUGAAUGAAUAAAGAGCAUUAUGCUGGCUUCAGGCAGUAUUUCGUAACUUUUUGUUGCUUAGACAUAAAAAAAAUUUUAAUGUGAUUGUUCGAAAGCCAGUGUUGAUUUUCGUGCACCAAGUCAGUCACGCCAGAAGGACUCCAUACAUUUUUGAUUACGGUUUUCAACAUGUUCUCAUAAUCACCCUAAUACAUAAAAAGCCAUUCAACCUUUAUGUCUAGAGAAAUUGCAGCAGAGUGUGUGGCGUUUGAAAGGACGCCACACAGUUUUUUUUUGCUUAUUUAAGUCUGUUUAGAUAUUUCUGGUCAAGAACCAAAACACUUAAAAAACAACCUCCAUAUACAAAAGGCAAUUAUUGAUGGAUAGUAAUUACGUAGUCCAUCAGAAUCGUUAAAUUAUCAGAUCAUGCAUUGUCGGGAGCGUAAAUAGUCAGUCGUUUGCCACCUGACGUGAUUAAGGAUCAGUCACGAUAGCAAUGCCAAAGAAGAUGACGAUUCAAAAGUGAAUUUGUAUUUUCAGUCAAAAUUUCACGAAUGGCUAGACGUGCUUGCCGUCUCUUACAGCGCCACACAUCUAUACUUCAGAAAAACGGAUGUCAGCAACAUUAAAUUUCAAAUUGAAACUGAGUUAAUUAACCGUCGGAGUUUCUGUUCUCAGAAAUUCAAAUUUUGGUGAUUUCACUUUGUUGGCAAAGGCACAGAGUUUUCAAGCGCACGUGCUGAGCUAUUAUCCUGCUCAUAAGAUCUUUUGUCUUGGCACGUGACUUUUACGAAAAAGCCGAAGAAUGUUUGUAACGUCAUAGCUUUUAUUCAAGGUCAUUUGUAAAACAUGGACAGCAAUCGCCAAUUUUGUUUCUUGUCAUUUUUGCAUUUUACAGAUUUUUUUACCCACAGGACUGAAGAUACUCAAAACUUUGAAUUAAGUCUUAAACUAUUCCAUUGUUCAAUUGGUGUAGUUUUGCUUGCCUUUCCAGCUGAGUGUUUUAUGAACGUGUAGCAUGAAGAUUUUGCAGGAGUUUAAAAUUUUGUGGUGAUAAUCACUACUCAAUAAAAAAGGCUACCAAGCAAAAAGUUUUCCCUUUUCCCAUGCGGUUUGACGUCAAAAUGCCAUAAAACAAAAGUGUGGCUCAUAAAUCGCUGGUGUACGUGUACUAUAAGUAAACAUUCUUAGACAAAGAAAUUGCCCAUGUUGACGUCAUAUUUGCGUCUGUUCUCCCUAAAUGAUUGGUGGGAACCAAUCAAAUCCACGUCAAAAUAAAAAUAUUUUUCUUAUAUUUGUUUCCUCUUCGUCUCCCCCAGGUAGAUCAACCCUCAAAGCGCUGACGUUGUGAAAGCCAUCUUUGUGGAUAAUGCGUUUAUUAAGAUAUUUGAUUCGUUUGAAGAGAAGGAAGAAACAGCCACGAAGUAGAACCGAGGGAUGUCAAAGAAUAUCUGAACUGAAAGGUAGCGUUUUCGUGAGCGAAAAGAAGAAGGAAUGGAAUCAACUCCACACCGCUGCAAGAGAAGGUGAUAUCAGCAAAAUGGAAUCCCUCCUCUCUGAUGGAAUUUGUAUUGACUCACAAGAAAGCACUCAUAAGACGCCAUUGAUGAUCGCAGCUUUUAAUGGCAAGCUACGGGCUGUUAGAUAUCUGAUUGAAAACGGAGCAGAUAUGUCGAUAGUAGAUAACAGUGGAUGGAACUCGUUACAUUUUGCUUCACAAGGGGGUGACCCUGAUAUGAUUGAUCUGAUAGCCAGUCACGUGGCUGAUAUUGAUUCACUUGCUAGUGAGGCUUUCACUCCGCUUAUGGUUGCCUCUGAUAAUGGCCGUCUCCAGGCCGUGAAGUAUCUUCUAAAAUCGGGAGCAGAUCUCUCGUUGAAAGACGGCAAUGGCUGGAAACCUGUACACCACGCCGCACGAGGUGGCAAUCCCGCCGUCAUAGAACUGUUCCUUUGUGAAGUGGAAGAAAUCGACCUCAGGGCCAACCGAGGUGAAACGCCAUUAAUGAUUGCUGGUUACUAUGGGAACCUCCAGGCUGUAAAGUACUUUCUGGAAAAGGGUGCUGACCCGUCUCUAAAAGACAAGAAGGGAUGGAAUUCGUUGCAUCAUGCCUCAAGAGGAGUGAAUCCCGACGUUAUUGAACUUUUUCUGAGGUGUAUGGCGGAUGAUGCAAUCGACUCCAUGACAGAUCAGUGGUAUACACCAUUAAUGAUCGCUGCUGGAAAUGGUAGGCUUCAGAUCGUAGAAUUUCUCAUGCGAAAAAAUGCAUGUCCGUACGCCCGUGACAGCAAUGGAUAUUCCCCAUAUGACUGGGCUUUGCAUAGUCAAGAACCACGUAUGCUAGAUUAUUUACUUGAGCGACCCGCAUUGGCGUUUGAAAUUCAAAUUUUUAAAGAGCGUAUGACUGAGUAUUGCGAUUCAUAAAUAAUGAAAACACGCAAGGGAAGUCAAUUCACACAUCCAAAAUAAUGGCAAAUUAAAGGAGUGAAAAAAUGGAAUUGGUUUCAACAUGGCUCAAGGGGUGUGAACUCAGAUAUCGCUCAGCCAUCUCUUAGCUAUAUGCUUUACAUUAAAACUACAGCUGAUCAGCGGUUUAAAACAUUUUUCCUUAAAACUAAUUCGUCCUCAGUCGCCUCUCUACUUUUAGGUGUUACGAAAGAUUGGCACGAGUCCCCUUCCUUCCCAGCGUCUCCUAGUAUCAGUCUCCCGCGAUCCCGCCGCCGCGUACGAGACGAAUGGAGACAAGUCAGAUGUCAUGUU